GCGGAGCUGUCCGUUCAUGCGCGUCCUUUCGCGAGCCCAGCGGGUCACGUGACGGCCUGGCGUUUUUUUUUCCCCUCUCUUGUGUGUGUUUUCCCUUCCUCCUCCCGUGAGAAGAUGGCGGCGGUGCCGGAGAGCGGGGACAAGCAAGCGAGCGAAGAACAGCGCUCUGAGCGAGGCAUUCACCGGACGGAAACGUUAGGCUUCUAUGAAGCAAAAGGCGAACCGAGCAAGCACGCGGCGAAGAAACGGAAUCUGUCAGAUCUAUCUCUGCUGAGAUUUAUUAGUGCUGAAUUAACACGGGGAUAUAUUUUGGAACACAAUGAAGCCAAGUACAAAGAAAGGAGGGAGAGAGUAUACACUUGCCUACGAAUUCCUCGGGAAUUGGAAAAGUUGAUGUUUUUUGGAUUCUUCCUCUGCUUGGAUGCCUUUCUAUAUCUCUUUACUCUACUGCCACUUAGAGUCCUUCUGGCCCUAAUGCGAUUUAUUACUCUACCCUGUUGUGGGUUAAGUGAUGGAAGAUUACUACAACCUGCUCAAGUAUGUGACAUGCUGAAGGCAGUUAUAAUGGUCAUCUGUUUUGUCAUGAUGCACUAUGUGGAUUAUUCCAUGAUGUAUCAUCUCAUUAGAGGACAAUCUGUCAUCAAGCUCUACAUCAUCUACAACAUGUUGGAGGUAGCAGAUCGUCUUUUCUCUUCUUUUGGUCAAGAUAUUUUGGAUGCACUGUAUUGGACAGCUACAGAACCAAAAAAGAAAAAAAGAGCUCAUAUUGGGGUGAUACCUCACUUUUUCAUGGCAGUGCUUUAUGUUUUUCUGCAUACAAUUUUGGUUAUGGUACAAGCAACAACUUUGAAUGUUGCUUUCAACUCCCACAACAAAUCAUUACUUACCAUCAUGAUGUCAAAUAACUUUGUGGAAAUAAAAGGAAGUGUUUUCAAGAAGUUUGAGAAGAACAAUCUAUUUCAAAUGUCUAAUAGUGAUAUAAGGGAGAGGUUCAACAACUAUGUACUUCUGCUGAUUGUUUGUUUGAGAAAUAUGGAACAAUUUUCAUGGAACCCAGACCAUCUCUGGGUGUUGUUUCCAGAUGUGUGCAUGGUAAUUGCAUCAGAAAUUGCUGUGGAUGUGGUUAAGCAUGCUUUUAUUACAAAAUUCAAUGAUAUUACUGCUGAUGUAUACAGUGAGUAUAGAGCGAGUCUUGCAUUUGACUUGGUUAGCAGCCGUCAAAAAAAUGCAUAUACAGAUUAUAGUGAUACAGUAUCAAGAAGAAUGGGAUUUAUACCACUUCCUUUAGCAGUUCUGCUAUCCAGAGUUAUUACAAGUUCCACAAAAAUUCAAGGAGCCUUGGCUAUCGUUAGCGUAUUGGUGUUUUACCUUGGGCUAAUUGCGCUUAAAGUUCUGAACAGCAUUGUGUUGCUGGGGAAAUCUUGCCAAUAUGUAAAAGAGGCCAAGAUGGAGGAGAAGUUGUUUCAAUCACCAGUAGUCACCAACCCUGGGAAACCUGUCAAAAAAUCUGUUAACAAAGUUAAAUCACCUCAAGGUGUUCCGGGAGAAGAAAUUCAAUCAGACUUCAUCGUUAGCCAACCUGUAUCUCUAUCAGAAAGUGUAUCGGCUUUGGUCUCAAGUAACAGUACUGACCAGUUUCUUACAACCCCCAAUAUAGAGGACAAAGGAAUACCACAGGAAAAAUCUGAUGGCAAACAAUCUUCUUCAAAAGCAGAUCUACUUGAAAUAGACAGGUUUACAAUUUGUGGAAAUCGAAUUGAUUGAUUAUUGCACCAAUCCUUAGAAGUGCAGCUUUUAAUUUAAGCCUUUGCUAUUUCGCCAAUGGAACAUUGUUGAGCUUGAGAGUAUAUAAAGGUUCAAAAGCUGCCAAAGGAGGCACUGAUCAGGAAUAUUUAUUAAAAUCUUUAUAAUUUAUUAAUGAUUCAAACCAAAAUAUAUUUUACCUUGUUUCCAUCUCUGGAGAUAAUUUGGCUUGGAAUAUAACGUUUUGGUUUGUGUAUCAAUUUCCUGUGGCAAAGGAAGAAAAUCUUUUAGUUGGUUUCUAUGGAGACCUAGCAGAUAAAUGCUUUCAAAGACAGCUUUCUUUACAGCUGUAUAGACUUCUGUGCAAUAUUUCUUGCCACUUAUAAUGCAAUUAUACCUUCAUACAAUAAUGUGAACAUACAGCCAGAUAACUUUUAUUUUGGCUUUUUAAAAUGUUUUUAACAAGAUUUUCUUGUAUUUGCAGAAUUUCAUUGUAGAUAUGUGCCUAUUGCAGUGAUUUUUUUUUAAAGAAAUCUAAUCCUAUUCUAGAAAAGAAAUGUUGGCAUGCUGAUCCCAAAAUUUCCAGUUGACGUUUACAGUUAUUUCUGGGGAAGUUUCAUUUAUAACAUGCAAGAGUUAGCAAUAAAGAAAAUAUUGCUGAGUGGAUCUUUUUUAAAGGAAGCACCUGUAUGUGUCCAUAGAAUUUUUUAAUAGAAGAUUGCUGAAAUAUCCAGAGUUCCUGAUUCUCUGAAAGAGAAAAGAGAUUAUCUUAACGUUUUGUGUUUUAUUUGAUGUCUUGCUUUUCAGAUGCUGGUAAGGUUGCCAGCUGCUUUCAACAUUUUCUACUGUUAUUCAUGAUUUCCAUUAUUCUUGGACUUUUUUUUUGCUGUAUCCUAAGAACUGAUUUUACAGUACAAUAGAAAAACUGGAGAUCCAAGUUACUCGAGCGAGUGAACAAGCAAAAUCUUGGAAACAAUGAAAAGUAGAAGCUUAAAUUCUGAAGGGGUUUAAGAAGAAAAAGUUAAAUUGGUAAGAGGCAAAAAUGGAUAAUUUUCCUAUAACUUAUUUCAUGCACAAAGGAAGGUGUGCAAGACUCACUUACCUUACUGAACUGCAUUAAUCUAUCAUAGUUCUUUUAAGUGCAAUGAUUGUAGCUUUUUUUGCACUAAAGACAAUGUUUUUGUUUAAGAUUUUAUGAGAAAACAUUACAUAAAUUUCUAACGUCUAACAGCUCAAAAACAUAUUUUUCAUGGCAUAUUUCAUGGUAACUGAAAGUUUAUCUGGUCUGAAUGAAGUAGCACCAGGUAGAUUUGACUAAUUGUGUCAUUAAUUUCAGGGUGCUAUCUAGGUUACAAAUAUUCAAAUUUCAAAAAAAUUACAAUGACUCUCUCUACUCACUUUCAAUUUAACUGAAAAAAGACAUAACUGAAAUUUAUAAAGGCACCAAAUAAAAACCUGUAUCUUUUUAUAAUUAGUACAAAAUGUUUAAAAAGUGCUGAAUAAAUGUCCUUUUGUAACACAAAUUCUUUGACUUUUUUUAAUGUUUCAUAGAACAAGGCCAUCAUAAUAAACAACUGAAAUGUUUGUCAAAGAUCCAAGCAGGUAUAUUCCCAAAUUAAUUAAAUGUGCUUGGAGAUUAAGGCAUGAUUGACUAGUUUGUAUGAGUGUUUGAUAAGGAUCAAGUAUAAAGUUUGUAAUGGUAUAAAUUUUAACAGAAUACUUUAAGUGGAGUUUUACUAUUUUAAAAUGACUAUAUUACUUGCUGGACUAAGCUGUAUUGUUCUUUCAAAGGUUGAAUAUUAGACCAUAAGACAUAGAAAUAGAGUUAGGCCAUUUGGUCCAUCAAUUCUGCUCCUCAAUUUAAUCAUGGUUGAUCAUUUUUUUCCUCGAGCCCCACUCCCCUUCCUUCUCCACAUUAUCUUUGAUGCCAUGUUCAAUCAAGAACCUAUCAAGCUCUGCCUUAAAUACACCCAGUGACCUGAACUCCAAAGCUGCCUGUGGUAAUAAAUUCCACAAAUUCACCACCCUCUGGCUAAAGAAAUUUCUCCGCAUCUCUGUUUUAAAUGGAUGCUCUUCUAUCCUGGUACUGUGCCCUCUUGUCUUAGAUUCCCCCACCAUGGGAAACAUCCUUUCCACAUUACUGUCUAGGCCUUUCAACAUUCAAAAGAUUUCAAUGCGAUCCCCUUUCAUUCUUCUAAAUUCCAGCGAGUAUAGACCCAGAGCUAUUAAACGCUUGUAUAGUGACCCUUUUAUUCCCAGAAUCAUCCUUGUGAACCUCCUCUGAAUGCUCUCCAAUGCCAGCACAUCUUUUCUAAAAUGGGGAGCCCAGAACUGUUUACAAUACUCAAGGUGAGGACUCAUCAGUGCCUUAUAAAACCUCAGCAUUACAUCCCUGCUCUUUUAUUCUAGACCUCUUGAAAUUAAUGCUAACAUUGCAUUUGCCUUCCUCACCACCGACUCUACCUGCAAGUUGACCUUUACUGUGUUCUGUUCAAGAACUCCCAAGUCCCUUUGCAUCUCAGAUGUUUGGAUUUGCUCCCCAUUUAGAAAAUAGUUUGCACAUUUAUUUCUUUUACCAAAAUGCAUGACCAUGCUGUUUUCAACAUUGUAUUUCAUUUGCCACUUCCUUGCCCAUUCUCCUAAUCUGUCCAAGUCCUUCUGCAUCCUACCCAUUUCCUCAACACUAUCCAUCCCUCCACCAGUCUUUGUAUCAUCUGCAAGCUUGGUAACAAAGCUACCUAUUCCAUCAUCUAAAUCAUUGAUAUACAGCAUAAAAAGAAGCGGUCCCAACUCAUGUGGAACUCCACUCGUCACUGACAGCCAACCAGAAGAAGAUCCUUUUAUUCCCACUCACUGCCUCCUACCAAUCAGCCAAUACUCUAGCCAUGCCAGUAACUUUCCUGUAAUACCAUGGGCUCUUAACUUGGUAAGCAGCCUCCUAUGUGGAACGUUGUCAAAGGCCUUCUGAAAGUCCAAAAAUACAACAUCCACUGCGUCCCCUUUAUCCUACUUGCAAUCUCCUCCAAGAAUUCCAACAGGUUCAUUAGGCAAGAUUUCCCUUAAGAAAACCAUGCUGACUUUGUCCUAUCUUGUCCUGUGUCACCAAGUACUCCAUAACCUCAUCCUUAACAAUUAACUCCCAACAUCUUCCCAGCCACUGAGGUUAGGCUAACUGGUCUAUAAUUUCCUUUCUGCUGCCUUCUUCCUUUCUUAGAGUGAAAUAACAUUUGCAAUUUUCCAUUAAUUUUUAAAAGAUCAUUACUAAUGCCUCCACAAUCUCUACCAGUACCUCUUUCAGAACCUUAGGUUGUAGUUCAUCUGGUCUGGGUGACUUAUGUACCCUUGGUUCUUCCAGCUUUUUGAGAAGUAACUGCACUCACUUCUGUUCCCUUGCACCCUUCAACAUCUGGCACAUUGCCAGUGUCUUCCACAUUGAAGACAAUACUCCAUUUAGUUCAUCUGCAAUCUCCUUGUCCCCUAUUGUCAUUUCUCAGGCCUCUUUUUUUUUUACCUGUCCUAUAUCCACUCAUCUCUUUUUAAAACUGUUACUAUCCUCUUUGAUAUUGUUUGCUAGCUUACUUUCAUACUUCAUCUUUCCCCUCCUAAUGAUUCUUUUAGUUGCUCUCUGUAGGUUUUUAAAAACUUCUUAAUCCUCUGUCUUACCACUGAUUUUUGCAUUGUUGUAUGCCCUGUCUUUUGCUUUUAUAUUAGCUUUGACUUCCUUUGCCAGUCACGGAUGUACUGUUUUGCCAUUUGAGUAUUUCUUUGUUUCUGGAAUACUUCUAUCCUGAAUCUUCCUCAUUUAUCCCAGAAAUUUAUGCCAUUGCUGUUCUGUUAUCAUCCCUGCCAGCAGCUCCUUCAAAUUUACUUUGGUCAGCUCCUCUCUCAAACUACUGUAAUUUCCUUUACUCCACUGAAAUACUGCUACAUCAGACUUUACUUUCUCUCUAUAAAAUUUCAAGUUGGACUCAAAUCAUAUUGUGAUUACUAGUUCCUAAGGGUUCUUUUACCUGAAGUUUCUAAUCACCUCCGGUUCAUUACAUAACACCCAGUCCAGUACAGCUGAACCCUUAGUAAGCUCAAUGACAAACUGCUCUAAAAAGCCAUCUCAUAGGCAUUCAACAAACUCACACUGCUGAGCUCCGUUACCAACCUGAUUUUCCCAAUUGACCUGCAUGUUGAAAUCUCCCAUGACUAUCAUAACAUUGCCCUAUUGAUACACGUUUCUUUUAUUCCCAUUGUAAUCUGUGGUCCACAUCCCAGCUACUGUUGGAGGCCUGUAUAUAACUGCCAUCAGUGUCCUUUUACCUUUCAUUUCAUAACUCAACCCACAAGGAUUCAUUAUCUUUCAAUCCUAUGUUACAUCUUUCUACUGAUUUGAUGCCAUUCUUUACCAGCAGAGCCACGCCACCCUCUCUGCCUACCUUCCUGUCCCUCCAAAACAUGUAACCUUGGACAUUCAGCUCCCAACUACAAUUAUCCUUCAGCCAUGAUUCUGAGAUGGCCACAAAAUCAUACCUGACAGUCUGUAAUAAUGUAACAAGAUCAUCCACCUUAUUUCUUGUAUUCUGUGCAUUGAGAGAAAACACUGAGUUCUGUGUUUGCUACAGUAGAUUUGGUAUCGUUGAUUUGUUGCCAAAUUUGAACUGAACAUAAUGACGAAAGUUUAGAGGAAAAUGCAGAUUACAGUUCCAAACUGAGCUUAGAAUCAGAAUCAAAUUUAAUAUCUCUGACACAUAUGAGAUUGUUGUGUCGCGGCAGCAGUACUGUGAAAUACAUAAUAUAAAAAAUAUGAAUUACAAUAAGGUGUAUAAACUAAAAAGUAGGACCACAAAGGUAAUAAUCUCGGGAUUACUACCAGUGCCACAUGCUAGUCAGAGUAGAAAUAGGAGGAUAUUUCAGUUGAAUACGUAGCUUGAAAAAUGGUGCAGGGGUGGGGGAUUCAAAUUUCUGGGGCAUUGGAACCAGUUCUGGGGGAGGUGGGACCGGUGUAAACAGGACAUUCUGCACCUGGGCUGGACUGGAACCAAUGUCCUAGGGGGAGCAUUUGCUACUGCUGUUCAGGAGGAUUUAAACUAAUGUGGCAGGGGGAUGGCAGAGAGACAGAGGGGUGUAAAAUGAGGGUAGAAGCAAAAAGUAGUAAGGUGAAAAGUAAAAGCAGCAGGCAGGCAAAUCCAGGGCAAAAAGCAAAAAGGGCCACUUUUCAACAUAAUUGUAUAAGGGCUAAGAGUGUUGUAAAAACAAGCCUGAAGGCUUUGUGUGUCAGUGCGAGGAGCAUUCGUAACAAGGUGGAUGAAUUGAAUGUGCAGAUAGUUAUGAAUGAAUAUGAUAUAGUUGGGAUCACAGAGAUGUGGCUCCAGGGUGACCAAGGAUGGGAGCUCAACAUUCAGGGAUAUUCAAUAUUCAGGAGGGAUAGACAGGAAAGAAAAGGAGAUGGGGUAGCACAGCUGGUUAGAGAGGUGACUAACGCAAUAGAAAGGAAGGACAUUAGCCUGGAGGAUGUGGAAUCAAUAUGGGUAGAGCUGCAUAACACUAAGGAGCAGAAAAUGCUGGUGGGAGUUGUGUACAGGCCACCUAACAGUAGUAGUGAGGUUGGGGAUAGCAUUAAACAGGAAAUUAGAAAUGCGUGCAAUAAAGGAACAGUAAUUAUAAUGGGUGACUUCAAUCUACAUAUAGAUUGGGUGAACUAAAUUGGUGAGGGUGUUGAGGAAGAGGAUUUCUUGGAAUGUAUACGGGAUGGUUUUCUGAACCAACUCGAGAGCAGGCCAGUCUAGAUUGGGUAUUGAGCAAUGAGGAAGGGUUAGUUAGCAAUCUGGUCGUGGGAGGCCCUUUGGGUAAGAGUGACCAUAAUAUGGUGGAAUUCUUCAUUAAGAUGGAGAGUGACAUAGUUAAUUCAGAAACAAAGGUUCUGAACUUAAAGAAGGGUAACUUUGAAGGUAUGAGACAUGAAUUAGCUAAGAUAGACUGGCAAAUGAUACUUCAAGGGUUGACAGUGGAUAUGCAAUGGCAAGCAUUUAAAGAUCGCAUGGAUGAACUGCAACAAUUGUUCAUCCCAGUUUGGCAAAAGAAUAAACCAGGGAAGGUUGUGCACCCGUGGCUGACAAUGGAAAUUAGGGAUAGUUUCAAGUCCAAAGAAGAAACAUAUAAAUUAGCAAAAAAAAAGCGGCACACCUGAGGACUGGGAGAAAUUCAGAGACCAGCAAAGGAGGACAAAGGGCUUAAUUAGGAAAGGGAAAAAAGAUUAUGAGAGAAAGUUGGCAGGGAACAUAAAAACUGACUGUAAAAGCAUUUAUAGAUAUGUGAAAAGAAAAAGAUUGGUCAAGACAAAUGUAGGUCCCUUACAGUCAGAAACGGGUGAAUUGAUCAUAGGGAACAAAGACGUGGCAGACCAAUUGAAUAACUACUUUGGUUCUGUCUUCACUAAGGAGGACAUAAAUAAUCUUCUGGUAAUAGUAAGAGACCGAGGGUCUAGUGAGAUGGAGGAACUGAGGGAAAUACAUGUUAGUAGGGAAGUGGUGUUAGGUAAAUUGAAGGGAUUAAAGGCAGAUAAAUCCCCAGGGCCAGAUGGUCUGCAUCUCAGAGUGCUUAAGGAAGUAGCCCAAGAAAUAGUGGAUGCAUUAGUGAUAAUUUUUCAAAACUCCUUAGAUUCUGGAUUAGUUCCUGAGGAUUGGAGGGUGGCUAAUGUAACCCCACUUUUUAAAAAAGGAGGGAGAGAGAAACCGGGGAAUUAUAGACCGGUUGGCCUGAUAUCGGUGGUGGGGAAAAUGCUAGAGUCAGUUAUCAAAGAUGUGAUAACAGCACAUUUGGAAAGCGGUGAAAUCAUUGGACAAAGUCAGCAUGGAAUUAUGAAAGGAAAAUCAUGUCUGACGAAUCUAAUAGAAUUUUUUGAAGAUGUAACUAGUAGAGUGGAUAGGGGAGAACCAGUGGAUGUGGUAUAUUUGGAUUUUUAGAAGGCUUUUGACAAGGUCCCACACAGGAGAUUAGUGUGCAAACUUAAGGCACACGGUAUUGGGGGUAUGGUAUUGAUGUGGUUAGAGAAUUGUUUGGCAUCCAGGAAGCAAAGAGUGGGAAUAAAUGGGACCUUUUCAGAAAGGCAGGCAGUGACUAGUGGGGUACCGCAAGGCUCAGUGCUGGGACCCCAGUUGUUUACAAUAUGUAUUAAUGAUUUAGACAAGGAAAUUAAAUGUAGCAUCUCCAAGGUUGUGGAUGACACGAAGCUGGGCGACAGUGUUAGCGGUGAGGAGGAUGUUAAGAGAAUGCAGGGUGACUUGGAUAGGUUAGGUGAGUGGGCAGAUUCAUGGCAGAUACAAUUUAAUGUGGAUAAAUGUGAGGUUAUCCACUUUGGUUGCAAGAACAGGAAAACAGAUUAUUAUCUGAAUGGUGGCCGAUUAGAAAAAGGGGAGGUGCAACGAUACCUGGGUGUCAUUGUACACCAGUCACUGAAGGUGGGCAUGCAGGUACAGCAGGCAGUGAAAAAGUCAAAUGGUAUGUUGGCAUUCACAACAAAAGGAUUUGAGUACAAGAGCAGGGAGGUUCUACUGCAGUUGUACAAGGCCUUGGUGAGACCGCACCGAGAGUAUUGUGUACAGUUUUGGUCCCCUAAUCUGAGGAAAGACAUUCUUGCCAUAGAGGGAGUACAAAGAAGUUUCAUCAGAUUGAUUCCUGGGAUGGCAGGACUUUCAUAUGAAGAAAGACUGGAUCGACUAGGCUUAUACUCAUUAGAAUUUAGAACAUUGUGGGGGGAUCUUAUUGAAACGUAUAAAAUUCUAAAGGGAUUGGACAGGCUAGAUGCAGGAAGAUUGUUUCCGAUGUUGGGGAAGUCCAGAACGAGGGGUCACAGUUUAAGGAUAAAGGGGAAGCCUUUUAGGACCGAGAUGAGGGAAAACUUCUUCACAUAGAGUGGUGAAUCUGUGGACUUCUCCGCCACAGGAAACAGUUGAGGCCGGUUCAUUGGCUAUAUUUAAGAGGAAGUUAGAUAUGACCCUUGUGGCUAAAGGGAUCGGGGGUAUGGAGAGAAAGCAGGUACAGGAUUUUGAGUUGGAUGGUCAGCCAUGAUCAUACUGAAUGGCAGUGCAGGCUUGAAGGGCCGAGUGGCCUACUCCUGCACCUAUUUUCUAUGUUUCUAUGUAUGUGUGAAGUAUGAAUUAAAUAAGUGUGCAAAAGGCAAGCCAAAAAAAGCAUAAUGAAGUAGUAUAUGUGGGUUCAUUUGUCUGUUCAGAACUCUUGAUGCCAGAGAAGAAAUCAUUUAUAGAACCGUUAGGAGUAUAUCUUCAAGCAUCUGUCCCAUCUUUGAUGUAGCAAUGAGAAGAGGGCAUUUCCUGGGUGAUGGGGGUUCUUAAUGAUGGGUGCUUCCUUUUUGAGGCAUUGCCUUUUGGAGAUUUCCUCAUUGCUGGGGAAGCUAGUGCCUGUGAUAGAGCUGGCUGAGUUUCCAACUCUCUCCAAUCUUGUGCAGUGGCCCAUCCAUACCAAAUGAUGAUGCAACCAGUUACGAUGCUCGCCACAGAACUUCUAUAGAAGUUUGCUAGGGUCUUUGGUGACAUACCAAAUCUCCUCAAACUCCUAAUGAAAUACAGCUGCUACCAUGCCUCCUUUGUAAUUGCGUCAAUAUGUUGGACCCAGGAUAGAUCUCCAGAGAUGUUGACUUCCAAGAAAUGUAAACUGCUCACCCUUUCCACUGCUGAUCCAUCAAUGAGGACUAUCGUGUAUCCCCUCAACUUCCCUUUCCUGGGGUCCAUAAUCAAUUUUUUGGUCUUCCUGACUUUGAGAGCAAGGUUAUUGUUGGGACACCACUCAACGACAUGAGCUAUCUCAUUCCUGUACACCACCUCACCUCAUCUAAAAUUCUGCCAACACUAGUCUGUUAACAACAAAUUUAUAGAUGGUGUUACAUAGCCACACAGUCAUGGGUGCAGAGAAAAUAGAGUAGUGGGCUAAGCAUGCUUUCUUGAGGUGCGCCAGUGUUAACUGUCAGCAAGGAGGGGAUGUUAUUUCUGAUCCACACUGACUGUGGCCUCUUGAUGAGGAAGUCAAGGAUCCAGUUGCAGAGGAAGGUACAGAGACCCAGAUUUUGGAGCUUGUUCAUUAGCACUGAGGGUACGAUGGUGUUGAACAUUGAGCUGUAAUCAAUAAACAUCAGCCUAAUGUAGGUAUUGCUAUUGUCCAGGUGGUCCAAGGCCAAGUGGAGAGCCAGUGAGAUUGUAUCUGCUGUAGACCUAUUGUGGUGAUAGGCAAAUUGCAGUAGGCCCAGGUCCUUGCAUAGGCAGAUGUUGUUUCUGCCCAUGAGCAAUCAUUCAAAGUACUUCAUCACAGUUGGUGUGUGUGCAACUAGGCAAUAGUCAUUGAGGCAGCUCACCCUGCUCUUCAUGGGCACUGGUAUGAUUGUCACCCAUUUGAAGCAGGUGGGAACCUCUGACUGCAGCAGUGAGAGAUUAAAGAGAUCCUUGAACAUUCCCACCAGUUGGCACAGGUUUUUAGUGCCCUACCGGGUACACCAUUAGGACCUGACACCAUUCAAGGGUUUGGCCUCUUGAAAGAUGUUCUGACAUCGGUUUCUGAGACAGACAGCACGAAGUCACCAAAUGCUGCAAGGAUUCACACAAGUGUAGAUUAAUUCUUCUUUUCAAAGUGUGCAUAAAAGGCAUUGAGCUUAUCUGGGAAUAAAGCAACACAGCCAUUCAUGUUAGGUUUUGCAUUGUAGGAAGCAGAGGCCUGCAAACCCUGCCAGAUCUGAUUUGCACCCAAUUCUGUCUCUAACUUUAAUUGGAAUUGUUUUUUCAUUCAUAAAAUAGCCCUCUGUAUGUGGUACCUGGACUACUUGUAUUGUUCUGGAUCACUGGUCUUAAAUACCUUAGAUCUAGCCCUUGGCAGGCUACGAAUCUCCUGGUUCAAGAUAAAUUUAUUAUCAAAGUACAUAUGACACUAUAUAUAACCCUGAGAUUCAUUUUCUUGCAGGCAUACUCAAUCCAGUGUGCAAAAGACAAACUGUGCAAAUACAAGAAAAACAGAAAGAAUAAAAAUACAUGAGUAAACAAACUAACAAUUAAUAUCAAAAACAUUAGAUAAAGUCCUUUCCUUGAAAGUGAGUCCAUUGGUUGUGGGAACAGUUCAGCAAUGGGGCAAGGGAAGUCAAUCCCCUUUGGUUCAGGAGGCUGCUAGCUGAGGGGUAAUAACUGUUUCUGGACAUGGUGGUGUGAGUCCUGAGGCUCCUGUACCUUCUUCCACAGGGCAGCAGUGAAAAGGGAGCAUGACCUGAGUGGUGGGGGUCCCUGAUAAUGGGUGCUGCUUUCCAGCAACAAUACUCUGCAUUGAUGUGCUCAAUGAUGGCUUUACCUGUGAUGGACUGGGUCAUAUCCAGUUCCAAUUAUUGUUACCUGUGAGGCAACCAUUCAAUAUACAGUCCAUUAUACAUCUACAGAAGUUUGUCAAAGUUGAUGUCAUGCCGAAUCUUUGCUCUAAGGAAGUAUAAGUGCUGCUAUGCUUUCUUCGUAAUUGUACCUGUGUGCUGAGCCCAGGACACAUCCUCUGAAAUUAUAACACCAAGGAAUUUAAAGUUGCUGAUCCUCUCCACCUUUGAUCGCCUGACGAGGACUGGUUCAUGCACCUCUGGUGUCCUCCUGAAGUCAAUAGUCAGCUCAUUGGUCUUGUUGACAUAAUGUAAGAGAUUUUCAAUCUCCCUCCUAUGUGCUGAUUUAUCACCACCUUUGAUUCAGCCAUCAACUGUGGUGUCAUCAGCAAACUUCUUAUGGCAUUGGAGCUAUGCCUAGCCAUACAGUCAUGCCUGGUUUUUGGCUUGGGUAUAUCUGGAAUGUUCCAGAAAGCACAUACUCAUCUGCCUCCACCGACCAUAACUUCAUGGUCUUCAUCACUGGUGCUGGGGACUUCGUUCUGUCCUUAUGCCAGAAGUAGAAGUACACCCUGACGAUCUGACAUUUUUAAAGUGCAGGCGUAGGUGGGAUGGCACAGUAAGUGUUCUUAAUGGCGGUAUAACAGUAGUCAGGUGCGUUGGCUCCUCUGGUUCCACAGGUGAUGUCUUGUGGUAGUUGGUCAUGGACCUCAAGCUGGCCUGGUUGAAAUCCCAUGCAAUGAUGGUGAAGGCAUUAGGUACACUAUUUCAGGACAGCUAAUGACAGUGCUUAGAGCCUCCAGUGCUAACGAAGAUUUCCACUGUCAUCCUAGUAGCGGUGUACAUUCCCCACCCCUGACUUUGUUAGUAAAUUUCAUUUUA